AUGCCAAAAGUUUUCACUAUUCAAAAAAAUGUUCUUAGUCAUAAGAAACUGAUAUAUAAAAACUUAUGUGCUAGUUUAAUUCGUCAUGAACAUAUCAUUACUACUUCAGCCAAGGCUAAAGCUGCUCAACCAUAUAUUGAAAAGUUUUUAGCUGAUUCAGUUAGACAAAGUAAAGAAUUGCCAGAAUCUAUUACUGAUUUAAAGAAAAAAGUUGAAAGUAUAAAAGCAUUUGAUUAUUUACAACCAGCUGAAAGAAUGGAAUGUGGUCUGAAAGUUCUUGAAGAAAUUGUUGAAAGAUAUCCAAAAAGACAAACUGGGUUCACUAGAAUUAUUAAAUUAGAACCAAGAUUAGGUGAAGAUAAAGCACCAAUGAGUGUUAUAGAAUUAGUUGAUUCUAAUUAUGAGAUUAAAUUUUGGUACACUGCUAAAACUGUUGCUAGAUUGGAAUUACAAGGAAUAGAAUUGGAUGAUUUAACUGAACUUAACAUUAAAAAAGUAACACAAUUUAGACGUGAUGGUGAAGCUACAUUUAGAGAUGCUGUUGAAGUUUGUAAAAAAGAAUUUUUCAAUCAAGAUGGUGAAACCAAGGAUAUGCCUGUUGAUGUUCAAGAAAAUUUGGCCAAUUUACCAAAUAUGGAAAGACAUACUGGUAAAUUAAAGGGUAAAUUGUUGGUAUCAAAGAAAUAUAACACCAAACCAAGACCAAAGAAAGAAAACCUUCUGUUCUCACCAUCACCAUUCUUGAAACAAAACCAACAACAAGAACAAUCAUAG